AUGGUAAAUAAUAAGAGAGAAAAUAUGACCGAAGAAGAUCUUGAGAAACUAAUUAACGAAUACUCUGAACUCGAAAAUGUUUUAAAUCGCCAAACUACUGUUCAAAAUUUUAAAAUGGUGGAAGAUAAUGAUAUUGAGGAGUGCGAUAACCCCUCAAAUUCUUAUUAUUCCAAUUUUAUUCCAGAAGGUAGCAAUAAUGGAAAUAUUAAAGGCAUUGGAGAGUUUAAAGAUAUUGAUUUAUCAGACAACUAUACACAUUAUACUGUUAGCUUAGAGAAUAUCGCCGUAACUGAUGGGAAGAAGGAAAAGGAAGGAAUACUGGAUUAUUUACUAGACUCAAAAUUGUAUUUGAAACAUCACGAUAACUUGGAAUUAUCAUGUAUAACAGAAAAUAUAAACAGAAGUAAUAGGAAUUUCGGACAUAUUAAUAGAAUUAACCCUAAUUUAUCGGAUUUUGGUCUAGGGAGUAUCAGUAAAUACCAUAGAACCGUGAUUAUAAUUUCUUUCACUUUGUCAUUUUUAUCAAAUUUCGUUGGACAUUUCAUCAGGGAACCUUUAUUUACUACCAAAGUUAAUAUCCAAAAGAGUUUCGGAAGUAGUACUCUUGAACUAGAAUACUUGGACAUCUCCUAUCUCACACUCUAUGGCAUCGGCCAUCUAAUAACUCCAUUUGUAUUUUCACGCUCUUACGUUAUUACAUUUGUGUCGAUUUUCCAUUUCUUCCUCUCGAUAACACAUUUUAUACUAUUUGUAGCCCAGUCGCUAGGCUGGUUUAUAAUGAUUUAUGGUAUAACUGGGUUCUCCUGCUCAGUCCUAUGGUUAUCAAUUUAUAAUGAUUUGCACUCUUGGUUACCACUGAAACAUCGGUUUACUUUACUAACAAUAUGGUGUAGCUCUUCAGAACUAGGAUUGAGUUUGGGAACAAUAAUGUGUGCUCACAUUCAAAAUGAAACUCGCUGGAAAACACUAUUCAUGAUAACGGCCUUUAUUAACUUUGUGACCGGACUUCUGUUAUUCACAUGUUAUAUAAAGCCGCCGCGAAACUCUGAACAGUCUGACGCACUAGAGUUUUCAGUUCCUGAAACUAAACUCUUUGACCCAGUCAACAUAUCAAAAGAUAAUAUUAACAAUAUUAAGCUGUAUUUUAAGGGUAUGCGUGAUAACAUUGACGUCUUUGGAGUGUGCAAGAAUAUGGUGGAAAUGAGCUCUAAGGUGGUAAUGGGACAUUUGGACCUCAUGAAAAGAGUGAAAUACUUGUUCAUAUACAUUUUAGGGUAUACUUCUCUGAAAUCUUCGAGGAAUUGUUUUGCAUUUUGGAUCUCCUUUUACCUCACAACUAAACUCAAGUACAGUAUUAGGAGUGGGAUUUACUCCACCUUUGUGUUUCAAAUGGGAUCCUGUUUAGGUUCUCUCAUUGUAGGAGCACUUAGUAAGGUUCUUCUCAAGAAGUAUCACUUGCUUUCCUGUGCCAUUUCUUCACUUUUCAGCUUCCUCAUUUGUCCUUUUAUCUAUUUUAUUGGACCCAAUAGUGUUUGGAAGACUUUCGUUUUCGUAUUCGUCUUCGGACUAUCAACCAAUUCUACUGAUCUACUAGUCACUACAAGAGGACUCAAAACACUCUGUGAGUUAUCAGAAGAAGGAGGUCAAGUUGAUGAUUACUCGGUAUCUUUGGGUACAACGUUCUCCAUUUCUACAUUCUUAUCCUUACGGCUGGGAUCGAAUGUUUUUAUAUUUAUGCCUACUGAUGUUGCUUUCUACUGGGGCCUUUGGAGUCCCUUCGAGGAAGGAAAUCUUGAGAUUCAGACUACCCACUUUAUAAUUUAUUGUACAAAACUAUUAUAUACUAUUAUUUCUUUAUUAUUAUCUAUGUAUAAUGAGUCUCGAAAGAGACCUCAAUCCAGCCCUGAAGAGUUAAAUAAGGAUAAAAUUCAAAAAACAUCGCAAGAAAAUGAUAAAGUUGACCCAGUGAAGGAAAAUUUAAAGGAGUUUGUAAAGGAGAAUAAUCCAGAAAGUGACUCUAAUCCAGAAAUUGAACCUGAAAAGAAUAAACCUGAACCGAUUUUAGUAAAUAAACAAGAAGUUGAUACAAAAUUAUCAAGAUCUUUAACUGAAGAUUCAGCGGAUUUGAACGUAUUGGAAGAAACUUACGUAUUAUUGGAUGAUGAUUCUAGUCCAUCUGAAGCAUCUGAUAAGGAAGAAAAUAUAUCAAAAGCUACUAAAUCUGAGAGAGUUAAUGAUAAUUUUGAGGAUAAAGAUGAUAAUUUUCCUGAGAAAUUUGAUGAUAAAAACGUCUUGGAUGAGAAUAGACUAGUUUACGAGCAGCUUAAUACUGCCUACUGUAGUAAUUUGGAUUAUGAACACGAGAAUAUUUUAAAGGAGGUUGGCGUUGACGGUAAUUUAGGCCUAUUGGACCAGUUUGAUAGUGACAAUUACGGCGAGUCCAAGAACAGUAAUGUUAUAGUCUCAUCUAAUUUUGGUGUUUCAAAUGUUUCUGUGAGUACGAGCGAGAAUUUACCCGUUGGCUUCUUCGACGACGUGAACGUUGACGCUAAGGCGCGUGGAAAGUUAACUGCCAACGAGGCAAAAAACAAAAUUCGUGAACUUUCUAAAAAGAGGUCAACUUACCUGGACGAGGCCAAAUACGUUCAGGAGAAAUGUAUGGAAAACCACCGUGAGAAGUUGAGGAUGGAGAACGACCUUUUAGACCAUGAGGAGACUCUGAAGCAGCUGAAGGAGAAGGUUUCUGAGAUCAAAAACACUGUAUUAGUCGAUACCACCAAUCUCAAGGUUGAGCCUGAAAAUAUCACCACUGAUGAUAAAUCACUUGAUUAUGAUUUAGAUUAUGAUAGUCUCUCAUGGAUGUCACGUUCCAUUUUAUAA